AUUCUCAAAGUUACUUAACUUGUGUUUCAGAUUGCUUCCAAGUAUGAUCAUCAGGCAGAAGAAGAUCUUCGCAAUUGGAUAGAGGAAGUGACAGGCAUGAGCAUUGGCACCAACUUUCAGCUGGGCUUAAAAGAUGGCAUAAUCCUCUGCGAACUCAUAAACAAGUUACAGCCAGGCUCAGUGAAGAAGGUCAACGAGUCCUCGUUAAACUGGCCACAGUUGGAGAAUAUUGGCAACUUUAUUAAAGCUAUUCAGGCUUAUGGUAUGAAGCCACAUGACAUAUUUGAAGCAAAUGAUCUUUUUGAGAAUGGAAACAUGACGCAGGUUCAGACUACGCUGGUGGCUCUAGCAGGUCUGGCUAAAACAAAAGGCUUCCAUACAACCAUUGACAUUGGAGUUAAGUAUGCAGAAAAACAAACAAGACGUUUUGAUGAAGGAAAAUUAAAAGCUGGCCAAAGUGUAAUUGGUUUGCAGAUGGGAACCAACAAAUGUGCCAGCCAGGCAGGUAUGACAGCCUAUGGGACCAGGAGGCAUCUUUAUGAUCCCAAAAUGCAAACUGACAAACCUUUUGACCAGACCACGAUUAGUCUGCAGAUGGGAACCAACAAAGGAGCCAGCCAGGCGGGGAUGCUAGCGCCAGGUACCAGGAGAGACAUCUACGAUCAGAAGCUAACCUUGCAACCAGUGGACAACUCAACAAUUUCUCUACAGAUGGGUACCAACAAAGUCGCUUCCCAGAAAGGAAUGAGUGUGUAUGGGCUUGGGCGGCAAGUAUAUGAUCCCAAAUACUGCGCUGCUCCAACAGAACCUGUCAUUCAUAAUGGAAGCCAAGGAACAGGAACAAAUGGGUCGGAAAUCAGUGAUAGCGAUUAUCAGGCAGAAUACCCAGAUGAGUAUCAUGGCGAGUACCAAGAUGACUACCCUGGAGAUUACCAGUAUGGUGACCAAGGCAUUGAUUAUUAGAUUCACAGAGAGGAGCUCAGUAUUUAGCCCAUUAUUUUUAUUCAGUGAGAACCAAGCUAGCCUUGAGUAAUUUUUAUCUUGUCUUCCUAAAACACUAUUAUGCUUAUUGUACCUAAAAGAAAUAUUGCCUUACAUACAUUCCUUUUUCUGCCUCUUCCCUAAAUAGUUGCCUUUUAGUGCUGUAACAGUUGAAUCCUACAGCAUAACCAGUAACUCACAUAUGAAGUAAAAAGGAAUACUGUGAAAGGGGAGUACUCCUGUACAGCCAAUUCUUUUAGUACAGAUCUAUGCAUUUUUACAAUCUUCUACUUAAAUUGGUGUUUUCAAACAAUAGGAAGCUUUUAUUGUUUCACAGUUUAGUGUCUGGUUUCUAUGUGGAAGACUAAACUCAUGCUUAUAGCUAAAGGGGUGUUUGCCAACUAAAUUUAAGAUGCAGCAUUUUUUUUUUUUUUUAGAAAUUUACAUAUCGAUGUUUCUAUAGUACUGUUUGCUAAUUUUUAAAUAAAGUCAUGAUCUGUGUGCAUUUGUGAUUAUAUGUGUACUCAUUCUCUCACCUGAGCUGACAAUACCUUUUCAGAGUGGUGUUUUUAAAGGAGCGUGUACAAAAUCAGCCUGCAGACACGUAGGUCUGGGUGGUGCGUGUGUUAUUCUUGUUUGUGCCAAUGUAUCAAUGUAGAGUUGCUCUGUUUUCUUCAACUGUAUUUAUUGCUGCAUUUCUCAGCAUAAACUUAUCCCAUUGCAUUUUUUAUAAAUAAAUAUUUUUUUGAACAUUU